CGGCAUGUUUAACAAAUUGUCAGUAAGAUGAAGGCAGAAGAACAAACAAGGACUUUGUUUGGGAUUACAUUAACAGAUAAACCAAAAUGGCAACAAUUUUUCAUUUGCUCUUCUGGGUUUUUCUUUGGGUAUCUUAUUAAUGGCAUUUGUGAGGAAUAUGUAUAUAACAGGCUGCAAUUCAGCUACGGAUGGUAUUUCACCUUUGUUCAAGGCUUUGUAUACUUGACACUCCUACGCUUCCAAGGAUUCACCCCCGAGCAGAUGGUGAACCCAUGGAACAUGUAUAUUAAGCUCUCUGCGGUGCUUAUGGGCUCUCAUGGGCUAACCAAAGGGUCUUUGGCUUAUCUCAAUUAUCCUGCACAAUUAAUGUUCAAAUCAACAAAGGUUCUACCUGUUAUGAUCAUGGGUGCCUUCAUUCCCGGGUUGAGAAGGAAGUACCCGCCACGAGAAUACUUUUCUGCUGUUCUAUUAGUUAUUGGCUUGAUACUCUUUACCUUGGCAGAUGCAAACACGUCUCCAAAUUUUAGCGUUAUAGGCGUUGUGAUGGUUUCUGGAGCUUUAAUCAUGGACUCCUUUUUGGGUAAUUUGCAAGAAGCAAUUUUUACCGUUAAUCGUGAUACUACUCAGAUGGAAAUGCUAUUUUGCUCGACAGUUGUGGGAACACCUUUAUUGAUUCCACCAAUGAUUAUGACAGGAGAAUUGUUCAGAGCAUGGAAUUCAUGUUCUGAACAUCCUUAUGUAUAUGGGGUCUUGGUUUUUGAAGCUGUCGCAACAUUUGUCGGUCAAGUAUCUGUUCUAUCACUCAUUGCGAUUUUCGGGGCUGCAACCACAGCUUUGGUAACAACAGCAAGAAAGGCAGUAACAUUAUUGUUAUCUUAUAUUAUAUUUACAAAACCCAUGUCUGAACAACAUGCGGUUGGGCUGUUACUCAUAGCCGUGGGGAUAAUAAUGAAGAUGUUGCCAGAUCACAAGUUUCCCCAGAAGCUUAAACUGUCAGAUGUCUUUGUAAAACAAGUAAAAUCCUUUCCUAAAGAGGAAAGAAAUGAGGAAACUAAUGAUGAAAGGAGACCAAUGGUGUAAAAGGCUCUCGGUUUUUUCCAUUUUUCUAAUUUUUUUUUUGUUUUAGAUUCAGCAGAAAGAGGUUUCGGUAGGGUUGUAAGCUUGUAAUGUGGAAUGUAUGUUGGUUUUCAAUCUUGAUGUUUAUGUUUAUUUGAAUCCAUAGU